AUGACUUACACUGGUUAUAGUAAGGCUAAUAAGAAUGAUUGUAUUUUCUGUACGUCUAAAAUACUGGUUAUAAUAAUUAAGAUCUUUGAGAGAUUAUGUAUACUUGGAGCUAAUUUAGAUGCACGCAAUGAUUCCGGAUUGACUGUGUUGCAUAUGAAAGUACACGAUAAUAAUUUCGAAGAUGUUUUGGCCCUGUUAAUUCGUGGUGCCGAUCCAAAUCUAUGUGAUAUUAAUGGAGCAACUCCUUUACAUUAUGCGAUGACUUAUAAUGCAUCCAUCCAUACUAUUCGUGCAUUAUUGGCAUUUGAAGCGGAUCCCUAUGCUUUGGAUAAUAAUCAACAUAGUUGUCGACACUUAUUAUGUAGUAAUUCUGAAAGUUAUGUGCCUACACCUGAUCGCAAUCAAAUGUCAAAAUUUCAAACAAUGUCUAAUAAUGACUUAUCGAAUGGUAUGAGAUUACGUUCAUACAAUUCUCAUUCAGAAAAUUAUACUAUAAAUAACGAUAAUAUGAAACAGCAAAAAUCACGUAAAAAAUUAUCAAAACUACAAAGGCGAUUGAAAUCAAAAUACUUUGUUCUAAAUUAA